GGACUACAAAUCCGUUAGUACCCACAGCCUCCUCCUCCUCUUCCAUCAUGGCUCCCGCAGCACAAGGAUACUGGGGGAGGUCGACCUCAACCAUAGACUGGUGCGAAGAAAAUUAUGUCGUCUCUUUUUACAUCGCCGAGUUUUGGAACACCAUCAGCAACCUGAUUAUGAUUCUUCCUCCCAUUUACGGAGCCAUCCAGGCGUUUCGCGACGGCCUUGAGUUUCGCUACAUCUGCUCUUUUGUUGGACUGGCAGUUGUUGGUGUCGGUUCCUGGUGCUUCCACAUGACGCUGCAGUUUAAGAUGCAGUUAAUGGACGAGUUGCCGAUGAUUUACAGCACAUGUGUCUUCCUCUACUGUCUAUUUGAGUGCUUCAAACAAGAGAACAAAAUUGGCCUAUUUCCUAUUGCAUUGUUGUCAAUUUUCAGUAUCUCUGUCAGUGCGUUAUACCUGCAGUGGAAGGAGCCAAUCUUUCACCAGGUCAUGUAUGGUAUCCUAGUAGCUUGCCUCGUGAUACGAGCUAUCUACAUUGUUACAUGGGUGUAUCCAUGGCUGAGACCGCUGUGUUACGCCUCGUUAGGAAUCUUCUUGUUGGGGUUCGUCCUGUGGAACAUGGACAACUUCUACUGUGGCACAUUAAGAUAUGCCAGAAAUAACCUUCCCCCUGUCGUUGGAGCGGUUACACAGUUACACGCCUGGUGGCAUAUCUUCACAGGUGUUGGAUCCUACCUGCACAUACUUCUUAGCAUGCAGAUCAGGACAACCUACCUCAAGUACAGACCAAAAGUGAAGUUUCUCUGUGGAGUGUGGCCAACGUUGCACAUUGAACCACAGAAGAUGAGCUGAAGUGAAGGGAUGAGGACCAACUUCAUGAUGGUGACUGCUGCCACAGACAGACACCAUCAGCACAGUGACCUCCGAUGCCCCCUGCUGGGAACUCAGCACACAGCAGGGGACAGUUGGACCCCAGGGCACCUACCCGGGGACCCUUCAGUUCUGCACUAUGGGGAUUUACUAAGUACAGUAUAGCACUGGGUCCAGUUUUAAGAAAUGGAAGAUCCUUGUCUUUAAUCAUAAUUUAUUAGAGUAGCUUUUUUGACGUGUAAUAAUUUUAAUGCUCAUUGAUUUUUAAUGCAAGUAUGAGGUGUGGUCCACUGCAGUGGGAAACGCUGAGGGGUUAUGGAUGUGAUCUUGAUUGUGAUUUUAGAGAAAGGGAAAACAAUGUCAUCAAGAAUCAGAAUUCACAUUAACAUAAUUACUGUUGUACUUUUGAGUCUGCAGAUAUUUGAAGCCAAAAGAUUUUGAAAUAGAUCUUUAAAUCUCUCUAUCUCAACCAAGACGUUUGCUUAUGUGUAGUUUUACAUGUAGCUGAGGGAGCUCUACUUACUGUACAACACAGUGUUGUCUAAUCCCUUUUGAGGGAGGAUCGUGUAGUUUUUUGAUGUGCUCACUACAUGUGGGAGUGUAGCCUCCAGCUAGAAAGUGAACGUGAUACUGUGCAGCUCAUACAUCUUCAUUUGCUUUGCCAGAGGCUUCAUUUUUUACUUGAAAACGCGCCAAAACUGGAAUUAAUUUUUGUUCUUUGCAAAACUUGCUCUGGGAAUUGAAUUAGUCAUGUUUGUGUGGGACUUGUUAAUCUUUGAACUUUUUAUAAUCAAGACAGGGAUGCAAUGCUUAGGAUUUUGCUACACGGCAUCAUUACUUUGAAUUGUAAUUGUAUUUAGGAUUGAAAUUGUCCCAGAAACACAGAGCAAGUUGACCCACUUUCUACAUCUCAAGUUUCUGUGGACAGAGAAACACAAUGACACCGGACACACAGUCUUUGAAUGAUACUGCAGACACUUUAGUACUCAAACCCACAGGGGGCGAGUGUUUGGUUGUAUCAGAAUUACAAUGCACCUCCUUCAGGGUGUGUCAUGUUUUAAAAGAUGUUGGGUUUAGACAAACAUCCGGUGGUUCAGACAUAAAUAGGCACAAAUGCAUCAGCUCAACUUGCCCAUCUCAAGCCAUUUUUGGUGAGAAGAUCAUUGUGUACAGCCCGUUUUGAUAGUAGUUUGAGUUAAACUGUUAAUGGUUUAAACCCAGUUUACACAGCAAGCUUAAAGACACUACCUGUUUCCAAUAGAUUUCUUAUUUGUAAUUGUUCAUAUUCACAUAUAUUCCUUCCCUUGGUCUGGUAUUCUUUGAACAAAGACUAGAAUAUGCCUGGAUCAUUGCACAGACAAAGCCAGUUGCACGCUGUUAGUUCCCUGCUUUGUUACUUUAAAUCUCAUUGGUACACUAAUUUGUAAUUAACAAUUUACUGAGUAAAUUAUUCAUUAGUCAUAUAAAUAAAGCUCUUAAAUCCUGAUUCUGCAGGACCAUAAUCUACAGGUCAUUAACUCUUAGUUUCAUUGAAUACCCUACUAAUUACAUUAAAUGCAUACAGUUUGCUUUGCAUUGAAUGACACAUACGGAGCUAGGACAAUAAUAUUUGAUAUUGUCUUAAUAACAACAACAAAAUAUAGUCUAUAGUCUCUAGAUCCAACCCACAGGUGUUUACAGUGUGCAAAUCACUUUAAAUUAAUCAGUCUUUCUAAAAUGUUUGCAGAUUAAUGUUAAACAGAGGUCCUGCUUUCAACCAUAAAUCAAUGCCAAACCAAAAACAGACGAGUAAUACAGAAAAAUCAUCCCCAAUAAAGAGAGAAGAGAUUGAUACAUAAUUCAUUUAAUGAAAUAUUCUGUGAACAUUUAAAAAAUUGUUGUUAACAGGGCUUCCUGAGCUUUUGAGGCCAGCCUCUAGUGGACACUCAGAGAGCUGCAGUUUUAUUACACAUCUUCAUUGGCAUAAUUUUUCUAGACCAGAGGUGACACUUGUUGGUUGUGCCUUGAAACAUUUUUAAAACAUGGAGAUUUACCUCUUGUAUCCUCUUUCAGAGAUUGAGGAACAAAGACGGCAAAAGUAUCAAUAUCGCCCACUUCAGUGUCCAUAACAAAUAACUUGCUUUAUUUUUAAAGUUUAAGUUCCUUUAAUGCCAAAACAACAAAUGCUCCAACCAACAUACUGGUAAAAAAAAUGUAGCCUAAAAGAUUGUUUAUGUGUAAAGAAUUACACAGAGUUUUUAAUUGUUGUAGAUUAUUCUCCUGCAGAAUAAGGUAUGACAUUUUUGUUUAUGCGUUUCAAUUAAGAGCCUGCAUAUAUGCCUCUGGUGAUUGGUAAACAGGAGUAGCUUGAUGAAAGGUGUUGAAAUCUCAAUCAAACUUCUUUUACCUCAGAAGGAAUAUUAAUAGUGUGGCUUUACUGUCUUAUUAGAAAAUGAAAAUGUACACCCUUUUAUUUACAAGUUCUUAAAAACAUCCCAUGGCACCACUACAUUUAAUUUGUUACACACUUAUUAAUACGUUUUUUUUAAAAACACUGCACAUUUGUCUAGAGGCACAUAAACCAUGUUGUCAAUGAAUGUCAUAGUGGAACAGUUUGUGAAGCAACCACUAGGGGGCAUAGUAUUCCAGUUUAUCUCAGACAUUGCCAAGCAUGCCAGUGUGCAGUGAAGAACUCCUACCUACUGUAGAACUCAGCAUUCAUGUAUGGGACCUGUGGUGUGAAGUGAAGGGCUUUUCAUUUAUAACUUCUCUGUUGUUACUGUGAAACUUGAGCUUGAAGUCAUUGUGGUAAAUUGGGAGAUGCACAACAUGUUUUUUUUAUUUUUAUUUGUGGUCUCUGAAACUGCUGUGUCUUUAAUGAUCUCCUGAGCAAUCACAUUAUAAACUCAAUGUCAUUACACCUACUUACUCUCAUAUAACGAUGGUCUAAGUGUUACAAACAGUCAAAUGCAGAAAGGCAGUCACGGAUUUUGUUAUUUUUCUUGAAGUAACUGCUCAUCGGUAGAGGUGAGACGGUGCCUUAUUGUGAUCUCUGCAGUGUAAUCCAAGUUGCCUUGAUGUUCAUCAUAUACAAACCAUACAAAUCGCCCCUUGUGUUGUGCAGUAACCCCCUGAUUAUACACAGUUAAAGCAUCGGGAAGGACAAUCAGUAACAGCUUUUCAUGCACAGUCUGUCCCUUAAUUUAUUGGCCUUCCAUUCAUUUCACGUGAACAUCUUAGUUUACAGGUGGUCCUGAUGAUGUUAAAUGUAGCCGUAAGUGAUAAUACUAAUGUGUCGAGGCCAGAAGAGCAAACUCUGCCAACUUUUUGUUCAUAUUUGGUCAUGUGCCAGUUUUAAACCAUGUCCUGUUUUGUCAAAUAAAAGAAAAAAAUGUGUCUUAA